GGUGCACCCUAGGGAGGAAUGUGGGCUGGGACCAGGCACGGCUCUUGGGCGCUCACAGCACCGCCACCACUCAGCCAGGAGCCACCACCCAGCAUGGCAGAGAAACCCCAAAUCCAGCUCUUCGUUAAGGCAAGUGAGGAUGGGGAGAGUGUGGGCCACUGCCCCUUCUGCCAGCGGCUCUUCAUGGUGCUGCUGCUCAAAGGUGUGCCCUUCACCCUCACCACCGUGGAUGUGAAGAGGGCACUGGACGUGCUGAAGGACUUUGCGCCGGGGGCCCAGCUGCCCGUUUUACUCUACAACGGCGAGCCAAAGACUGAUACUGUCACCAUCGAGGACUUCCUGGAGGAGAAGUUGGGCCCACCCAUGUUCCCCAGCCUGGUCCCGCAGUACAGGGAGUCCAGCCUGGCAGGGAAUGACAUCUUCCACAAGUUCUCCACCUACAUCAAGAACCCAGUGCCUGCCCAGGACCAGGCACUGCAGCGGAACCUGCUGCGGGCCCUGCUGAACUUGGAUGAGUUCCUGAGUGCCCCCCUGGAGCACGAGCUGGCCCAUGAGCCCUUCCUCCGGGCCUCCCGACGCCGCUUCCUCGACGGGGACCAGCUCACCUUGGCAGACUGCAACCUGCUGCCCAAGCUGAACAUCGUGCAGGUCGUGUGCCAGCACUACCGGCGCUUUGGGAUCCCCAAGGACCUGCAGGGCGUGUGGCGGUACCUCAACAGUGCCAGGGAAACCAAGGAGUUCAGAUACAGCUGCCCCAGCAGCGAGGAGAUUGUACAAGCCUAUCGCUCCGUGGUGCGGUCGCUGCAGUGAGCACUCGCCCUGGUCCUGCUGUAACCAUCACGGUCCUGCCUGCAUGCACUGGGGAGGGCAGUGAGCAUGAGCUGUGCACUGGCACCCACAUUCCCUCAGCUGGCACCCCUACCCGAGGUGCUGGCAGCUAUCUGCACUGCACUGCACCCGCAAAUGCGUUUUCACCUCUUGUGCCAUCCUCCCAGACCAGCCAGCACCCCCUCAACCUGCCCUGCGGUUCCUCAAGCAUUGUAAUGGGUACAAGGGGGCCAGAGCCACUGGCACCAUCUGUACCAAAGCUCGGCAGUGCUGAGGACAAGGCCACCAGCUGGGGAGGAAAAGCUGCCCAGAGCAGAGGGCUGUGGGGCAGAGAGGGCAGUGGGCAUGCCUGCAGCCUCCCUUGGAGGUACAGAAUGCCACCUGCCAGUCAGUGACCUGCAGCAUGAUGUUCCCAAGCAGCUGCACCAGUGAGGGGAACCAGCACAGCCAUGGCACAGCCCUGCAAAUGGGGGGGGGGAACACAGCAUGGGUGGAGGAGACGGCAGGGCCCCAUCCCCUGGGCAAGGGGAGCAGAGGGCACUGCGCCCCUUGAACCUUUCAUUAGGAAGCUCUCAGGAGCAGAUUUGGGAGAGGGAUGGGGGUGAGA